UUGGUCAGUCAUAUCAGUGAUGAAGGUCGUCACUGGAUUUUCUCGUCCGAGAGUAUGAAGCCUCCAGUCAGUCAGUUCUGGUUCAAAGCAAUGGAGUGGAGACCUGGCGCAGAAUCAUUUACAGAAUCUAAGAUCAGUCACCUCGUGACGCGCGUAAGGUGUGCAUGUGUCCGUCCUAACUCGGUCACGGCACCGCGCCUCCUUUCCAAAACAGUCGCUGCAACUCCGGACAUACCAGGCAUGCACUCGUCCCUCCGCCGCCUCCAUCGCUCGCUCGGUUCCCUCGUGUGCUCCUUGUUGUAUAUGAACGGCGUAAUGUACGGGGUACAGAAGGUUGCUCGAAGGCUGUAUGAUUCACCGGAAGGGGGUCGCAUGCCCGCGGUGAACGCCCUCAGACGAUGCGAGCGAAACGGGACCGGUCCGACCCAACGACCUCACUGA